UCUCUCUCCCAGUUGUGUUUGUAGAGUCUUUCUCUCUCUCUCUCUUUCUCUCACUCUGCCUUCCACCUUGAACCACCACCUCUUAAAUAUUUUCAUUUCAUAAAACUCCACAAUUUCCCAUUUUUUUCACCUCCAUCGUUUCAUCUUUGCAACAGCCACGUUUGCUUCCUGAGAUAAUUGCUUAUGCACACAAAAGGACUCGGGGAAUGGUGAAUUACGAUAUUUUAAUUCUUGAUUGGUAGCAUGUUUUGGCUGGAAUAUGGAUAACUGCUUUUAAUUGUCAGAGGUAGAAGGAAACGGUACCUUGAAAGUAGAUAGAUGUCUUCUUCUUCAAUGGCUGCUCCCAGUGAAAAGUGGACUGACCGGCUUCAGUUCUCCUCAUUGUUCUGGCCUCCCCCACCAGAUGGUCAACAAAGAAAGGACCAAAUUGCUGCAUAUGUUGAAUACUUCAUUCAGUUUACAUCCGAACAAUUUACUGACGAUAUUGCCGAGUUGAUCCGGAACCGCUACCCGUCCAAGGAGAUUCUUCUCUUUGAUGAUGUUUUGGCCACAUUUGUCCUUCAUCAUCCAGAGCAUGGACAUGCGGUUGUGCUUCCAAUUAUUUCGUGUAUUAUUGAUGGGACACUAGUCUAUGAUAAGGCUAGUCCUCCAUUUGCUUCUUUCAUAUCUUCAGUCUGCCCAAAAAUUGAGAAUGAAUACUCAGAACAAUGGGCGCUGGCUUGUGGUGAAAUUUUGCGUAUUUUAACUCAUUAUAAUCGCCCUAUUUACAAAAUGGAAAGGCAAUAUGGUGAAACAGAAAGAAGCAGUAGUGGCAGUCAUGCCACAACUAGUGAACCUAUUAAUGGGAAAUCUGUGCAAAAUUCUUUGACACAUCAGGAGAAGAAACCUAUAAGGCCAUUGUCUCCCUGGAUUACUGAUAUAUUGUUGGCUUCACCAGUUGGCAUUAGAAGUGACUAUUUCCGAUGGUGCAGUGGUGUUAUGGGUAAAUAUGCUGCAGGAGAACUCAAACCUCCAUCAACUGCUUCUCGUGGUUCUGGGAAGCAUCCUCAACUUGUGCCGUCAACUCCACGAUGGGCUGUUGCCAAUGGUGCCGGUGUAAUAUUAAGUGUUUGUGAUGAUGAAGUUGCUCGCAAUGAAACUGCUACUUUAACAGCUGCUGCUGUUCCUGCACUUUUGCUUCCUCCUCCAACAACUGCUCUGGACGAGCAUCUAGUUGCUGGAUUACCUGCUUUGGAACCAUAUGCUCGGUUAUUUCAUAGAUAUUAUGCAAUUGCUACUCCAAGUGCUACACAAAGACUUCUUCUUGGACUCCUAGAAGCACCUCCAUCAUGGGCCCCAGAUGCACUUGAUGCUGCUGUGCAGCUUGUGGAGCUUCUUCGAGCUGCUGAAGAUUAUGCAUCUGGCAUAAGGCUUCCUAGAAAUUGGAUGCAUUUGCAUUUCUUGCGUGCAAUAGGGACUGCAAUGUCCAUGAGAGCUGGUAUAGCUGCUGAUGCUGCAGCUGCUCUGCUUUUCCGUAUACUUUCACAGCCCGCAUUACUUUUUCCUCCUCUUAGACAAGUUGAUGGAGUUGAAGUUCAACAUGAACCUUUGGGUGGAUAUAUUUCUUCCUACAAGAAGCAGAUAGAAGUUCCUGCGGCUGAAGCCUCUAUUGAAGCUACUGCCCAAGGCAUUGCAUCAAUGCUUUGUGCCCAUGGUCCAGAGGUUGAAUGGAGAAUUUGCACCAUUUGGGAAGCUGCUUAUGGCCUGAUUCCUACAAGUUCCUCAGCUGUUGAUCUUCCAGAAAUUAUAGUUGCAACCCCACUUCAACCUCCCAUACUGUCAUGGAAUUUGUACAUACCCCUACUUAAGGUCCUGGAAUACCUUCCUCGUGGAAGCCCAUCAGAGGCAUGUCUUAUGAAAAUAUUUGCUGCUACAGUAGAAGCCAUUCUUCAAAGGACAUUUCCACCUGAGUCCACUAGAGAACAAAGCAGAAAGUCAAAAUACCUGUCUAUCCUUGGCUCUGCCUCUAAAAACCUUGCUGUGGCAGAACUUCGUACUAUGGUUCAUUCCCUUUUCUUAGAAUCAUGUGCGUCUGUAGAGCUUGCUUCACGACUACUUUUUGUUGUCUUAACUGUCUGCGUUAGUCAUGAAGCUCAAUUCAGUGGAAGCAAGAGGCCAAGAGGUGAAGAUAACUAUCCAGCUGAGGAAAUCAUUGAGGACUUACAAACAUCUGAAAACCAGAAAGAAUCAAAAAGUAGGAAAAUGAAGAAGCAAGGUCCUGUAGCAGCGUUUGAUUCUUAUGUUCUGGCUGCUGUUUGUGCUCUUGCCUGUGAGCUUCAGUUGUUCCCUUUGAUUUCACGGGGGAACAAUCAUUUAGUUUCCAACAAUAUUCAAGAUAUAGCCAAGCCUGUUAGACUGAAUGGAUCUUCCCAUAUUAGACAGAAUGGAUCUUCACAUAUUAGACAAAAUGGAUCUUCACAUAUUAGACAAAAUGGAUCUUCCCAUGAGUUGCGAAAUGGCUUAGAUUCUGCAGUACGUCAUACUCACAGAAUUUUAGCAAUUUUAGAGGCACUAUUUUCAUUGAAGCCAUCUUCUGUCGGCACUCCUUGGAGUUACAGCUCAAAUGAGAUUGUUGCAGCAGCUAUGGUUGCUGCACAUGUUUCUGAAUUGUUUAGGAGGUCCAAAGCUUGCAUGCAUGCUUUGUCUGUUUUAAUUCGUUGCAAGUGGGACAAGGAAAUUCACUCCAGGGCAUCAUCAUUGUAUAAUCUCAUAGACAUUCACAGCAAAGCUGUUGCGUCUAUAGUGAACAAGGCAGAACCUUUAGAAGCAACCUUAAUUCAUGCACCUAUUUGGAGGGACUCCCUUGUUUGUCGUGGUAGUAAAAGGCAGAAUCAAUGUGAAAGUAGCUGCUUUGACCCUCGGCAAACAUCCAUUGUACCUUCAGCAGAUUCAUUCCCAUCAAAACCUAACCAUACUUCUGAGAAAACCACUUGUUCAAAUGAAGCAUCAGGGUGUACCUUUGGUAAAGGUGUCUCUGGUUUUCCACUGGAUGCAUCUGAUCUAGCCAACUUCCUCACAAUGGACAGGCAUAUAGGAUUGAAUUGCAAUGCGCAAAUUUUUCUGAGAUCCAUGCUGGCAGAGAAGCAAGAAUUGUGUUUCUCUGUUGUUUCACUUUUAUGGCACAAGUUGAUUGCCUCUCCAGAGACUCAACCUUGUGCAGAAAGCACGUCUGCCCAACAGGGAUGGAGACAGGUUGUUGACGCCUUAUGCAAUGUUGUAUCAGCCUCACCAACGAAAGCAGCUACGGCCGUCGUUCUUCAGGCGGAGAGGGAAUUGCAGCCCUGGAUUGCCAAGGAUGAUGAUUUAGGUCAGAAGAUGUGGAGAAUCAAUCAGCGGAUUGUAAAAUUGAUUGUAGAACUUAUGAGGAAUCAUGAGAGUGCGGAAUCAUUGGUAAUUGUGGCAAGUUCAUCAGAUUUACUACUGCGAGCCACAGAUGGGAUGCUGGUUGAUGGAGAAGCUUGUACUUUACCACAGCUGGAGUUAUUGGAAGCGACAGCUAGAGCGGUUCAGCCAGUGCUGGAGUUUGGAGAAUCUGGAUUGGCUGUGGCAGACGGCCUUUCAAACCUUUUAAAGUGUCGUCUCUCAGCUACAAUCAGAUGCCUUUCUCAUCCAAGCGCGCAUGUUCGUGCUCUGAGUAUAUCAGUUCUUCGUGACAUUUUGCAUACUGGUUCAAUCAGAUUUAGUCCUAAACCUCGGAGAAUAAAUGGCACCCACAACCCUUCUUAUCAAUACUUCAAUUUGGAUGCCAUUGACUGGCAAGCUGACAUAGAAAAAUGUUUGACUUGGGAAGCUCACAGCCGACUUUCAACCGGAUUGUCUAUUAACUUUCUUGAUACCGCCGCCAAAGAGUUAGGCUGUACUAUCUCCAUGUGAAAUGAAAUCAAACUCUGCAACCAUCCAUCAUAGUCUGUGACAUUUUUUUACUAAACUUGUAGAAAAGAAAAACAUACGUUAUUGAUGCUUAUGGAACUAACGUCUUUACAAAUAAGCAACAUCAUUAUGCUAGUCCUGUUAAAAGAGUCACAGUCAUAAUUCUAGUAUGUUUAUAGAAAGCUCAUUUUGUAUCAUGCAUGUAUUGUAGCUAAACUAAGUUUUCACCCACAACUUGGUCGUCACUCUGGUCUCAAUAGAACAGACUUGUACAGUAACGAUAGACGAGGCUGUAACCAGGUCCUUUUCUUCAUCAUCGUCUCAUUUUGUGUUAUGUUUCUGUUGACUUAGCUUGUAAUGAAAGUCGUUUAUAAUCGUUUGGAGUA